AAAAACAACCUGAUUGAAAAAAACAAUUUUCCAAUACAAAGCUCCUCAUGGAACAUGUUUUGGGGCCUUAAUGGACAAUACUAUCUUACUGUUUGAAAUUAUUUAUCUACUUUUGAAUGUUAUGUUUUGUUUGUGAUUAAUUAUGGUGAAUGACUCCUAUGCGAUCUUCUAUUAACGCUUUUGGGGUCGAGACAUUAUAUACGAUGUUAUAAGCAAUUAUAUGGAGAAAACUAUUGAGAAGUGAUCAAUUAGUUUAGUUUAGUUGAUCAAUUAGUACUAGUUUUUACCAUGCUUCGCACAGUUUUCAUUCUAACCCUUGAUUUAUCCUUUAGUGACUCACUUGAUAUUUCUCUCAGUUACACCAUAUUAGUGAUCAGCUGAUAGAAAACACAAGUCAUCUCUACUUUUUUUUUGAAUGCGAUUACACUACAAUGUAUUAUAUUAUUGGUAAUGUAAUUACAUAAGCUGAAGAUAUAUCCGAUGGUGACACAAAAUGAGAAUUCAUUCUGAAUGCUUUCCUCUAACUUGAAAGUUGGUCCACAUUAAGCUAGGACUAUGUCUAUAUAGCAGGUCUACCACUGCGUUUUCCACCCAAAAAGAAAAACACUUUUUUCUAUACUUUAAUUUAGCAAAUUAUGGCAUGGAUCUGACCCUAACUCUGUAGCCCCCGGGAAGGGAGCAGACCUCGCAUUAUAGUGGCACAUAUUUCUUGUUGAAAUUUGAUAAAUGUAAUAUGAAUCUCGUCCACUUUUGUACCACUUGCACUAUUCCAAUGGAUUAUUCGCAGAAAGUAUAAAAUAAAGUAAUUAUCACAAAAUGCAUCCUAAGAUAUCAUUUCUAUUAUCUUUUUAUCAACUUAUUUGUAAAAAUUACAGUUUGUCUUGAGGGAAGUUGACUAAUCAUUCAAUGAGCAAAUUCCCCCUUACUCCUUGUUGUUUUUAAAUCUGACCAUUGAGAAAGAUAUUCAGACAGAAGCGAUAAUAUCAAAUUUUCAACAUUGGUUCAGUCAAUUUAUGUGAACAUACGGUAACAGCUGUUGAUCCCUGAAUUUUACAUUUUAAAAUUUUGUCUACUCAUCUUAUGCUCAGAAGCAGAUCUACAAUACUGAUGUAGAGAAAACAGUAUAUUCUAAAUUCAAUAGCGAUGCGAAAACUCCAUCUGUUGACUUAGCCAUUUCUUUUCCCAGUCGAGGGUUGAAAAAUGUUGAAUGCAGUCAUAGAUUUGAAAAAGCAAAUAGUGUUUUGUCACUAAUGAAAAUUUUGAACAUUGACCCUGAUUUAAGAAAUUUGACUUCAGUUUCCAAAUUUAUACCACAAAUGUUAUAAACAGCAAAGAUGCCCCAACCUUUUAUUGCACAACCCCAUGUGAAAUGCAUAAUAACAAAGGCCACAGACUAGCUUGGUUUUUGACCUGAAAUAUUUGCAUUUGUGUAAUAUUUAGAUCUGCAUCAAUAAAUUAUUUUGUAUGGAGUAAUGUGUGGUCAAUAUUCACUUAUUUACUUUUUGAAUUGAUUGUUCCAGUAAAGUAAUUAGCUUGAUUAGCACCAUUGGACAUCUUCGGUUUAAAUUUCUGGGAAAAUUUCAACAUGGGUCUUUCUAAAGAAGAGAUGCAACAAGUGGUGAAAAAUUUAAUGUUUGGAAACGAUGUUGUCAAAAAAUCUGAAUAUCUAGAGAAAAUAGACUCAAUUAUAACUGUUAUGGAAGAUCCAGGUUGUCCUGCGCCAGUCAUAUAUAUUGUUGUGCAUGCUCUGGCUUCUGGUCUAAACUACUACCAAUGUACUGUGGUUCAGCGUAAGGUUCUUGAUGUUCUUCGAACCAUGUUGAAACUGUUUCCUACUGCGGCAAAUACAGCAAUUACUCAAUCAUUGGAUAAAAUAGCUCAGUAUCAAUUGAACAAUACCACACCAAGUCGCAGUGAGUCUGCCCGUGCUCUGCUUGCAUUGUCGUGGUCUUGUCUUUUGGCUGAAGUUUCGUUUGUUGGCAAAGAGACUGGAGAAUUUAUUCUGAGCUCCAAAAAUGAUGCAUGGUGUCAACUUGUCAAUGUACAAGCAUCAUUACAUUAUGGUGCAUGCGCUGCUGGGUAUCAACCUAUAAAACAAAGUGCUUUCAGAAAGUUGAAAAAAGUAUGGAAAAUGAUUGGAAAAAAAGCACCAGAUGUUUACAUUGAUUGCUUAAAAAAGGGAUCACCGUCAAUUCCUUGCUGUGGAUUGCUUGGCGCGAUUGCAUCAUAUGACCCAAGCGCAAUUCAAAAAAGAAAAACAGACUUUCUGGAUCUUUUUGUGAAAUUAAUAAUAAUGAGCAAGACCAAACCAUUGAAGUCUGUCCUGGAUUCAUGCGGUCCUGCAUUGAAGUUUGUCACUCACGAUGAUUUCAAUUCAUUUUUGUUCCCAGCUAUUCAGAAAGCAACACUUAGAAGUCCUGAAAAUGUUUUACAAACUGUCAGCAGUGUUCUCUCUCAAAUGUCAAUUGAUUUAAGUCAACAUGCAAUGGACAUUAGCAAAUGUCUAACUGCCCAAUUGAUAUCGAAGAAUGAUAAGAUACGAGAGGAGACUGUGGAAGUGGUCCAUGCUAUGGCAAAACAGAUAAGUGAUGCAGGCAUUAUGCAAGAUGUGGUAAAGCUCUUUUUUGGAGUUUUGAAAGGUAAAUUGGCGAUUGCUGGCCAGAAGGUAGAUGUUUUGGAAUCAAUUGGUAAAUUGAGUUGUUGUCCAGUUAGUAAGGGAGAAUCAACUAAUGUUUUACUGGCAACUGUCUCUGACAACUUCCAAACAUUUAUGCUGCAGGAAAACUAUGAGGGAGCUCUCGUCAAAGCCCUUUCAUGCAUGUCAGCAUGGUGUGGGAAGUUAUCGACUGAUAUUCCAAAAUCUCUUAUUGAGAUGUUCAAGAAGGGUCCUACUUUAAAAGCAUCAACCGCUGCAGUGAGAUGCGCUUAUAUAGAAUGCAUGAUAUGUUCCUUCACCAGAGAUACAUUAAGCCAGGCUAAUGAGUUUAGUGCAUCUCUUUUAGCAACUGUUGAAAAAGCGAGUGGACAAGCUAUGCAAAUCCCAAUAGUAUCUGAAGCAUUAUCCGCCUCUCAUUUGAUCGCUAAAAUAUCUGCUAUCGAACAUAAGAUUGUCGAAUCCAAAUUAUCUUCGUUCUGGAACGUUGUAUUGGAUUCACAAAAAUCAAUUUUCACCUCGGAUAAAUUUCUACAGCAAGCUUCUGAUACCAGUCUGAUUAGGCUAAUUUUAUUCUCCGAAACCUUAUUCUUGGAACAAAUGGCACGGUUAGAUGAUGACGUGACAAGGAUAUAUGCCUCAGCCAUUGUGAAGUUGCUGCUUCAUAAAGACUGGAAGAUUCGUAGUUGUGCACAAAGAACUGUUAAAAAGCUUUUAAGUAGCCUUUCAGGCGACAACUUGUGCAUGGUUAUGCUUGCGGGAUUCAGUUCUAUUUUACGUCCAACUAAAGUAAUUGAUUUAGAGUCACUUGACGAUACUGCUGAAAUUCUAAAAACGUACAUCCAUCCUAAAAGAUUUGAAAUGGCAUUGAAAAGUAUUUUGAAUAUUCCUGGUAUUGAUUCUGACAAAGGGAAAGCAACUUUGAUAGCUUUGGAGAUAUUACUGGAUUGUCAUCACCCCUGCAUUCAAUCUGUUAAUGAAGACAUGUUGACUGACUUUUUGUAUCAAGCAAAUUUGGAUGCUGCUGAAUUUAUUGCCAAUAACAUUGAUAUUAUUAUGAAGGAAUACGCUACAACAACAACUCAUUCACAGUCCAGCUUGAAAGUGCUUUCGGAUUUAACUCGUAUCGCACCGCAUACAAUUAUGCCAGAGUUACUGAAGUAUGCUACUCCUAUAUUACAAGAUCCAACCUUAUUGCAAAUAACUAGGAAUGAAUACGGAAUCAUGAAUACUCCAGAAGGAGAACUCUGGAAUAAAUCAAUCAUUGACAGUGGCCCGAAAGUAGCCGAAAAUAAAAACAUCAGAAGGGAAAACAAAGCUUAUUCAUACAAAGAACAAAUGGAAUUUCGUCAAUUGGAAAAAGAGAUGGAAGCAAAAAAAUUAGCAAAAGGUGGCGGGGGAGGGGUGAAGGGCUCUGGGGGAUCCAAAGGUGGGGUUCUCCAGUCUCUGUCAAAGAAGCAGAGAGAAAUGAUGGAAGCUGAAUUACAAAGAGAAUCUGGAAUUAGAAAGAAACUUAUGCAGUUGAACAAAGUUGUCAAAGCAACUUUUCUGUCUCUCGAUGCAUGCAUUCAACAACAAAAUGCUCUGGAACUUUCACAUUACAUUCCUCAAAUUAUAGAACUAGCUAUUCCACUACUACAAUCUUUACUUGCAUCAACAUUGGCUCAAAACCUGUUCUUGACUGCAGAGAAAAUUGUGUCAUGUGAGGCCCUCAAUCAACUUGGCAUCCAAAUAGCCUAUGCAACAAUAAGACUAUAUGACCCAAUUCAAGCAGUUGAACAAGAAUGGUCCGAAGAAGAUUUGGUGUUAUGCACCAAAAGGCUGACACAUAUGCUUCACUUGGUUACAAAAACGCCACUAACAACUCCUUGUUUCUGCUACAUUUUUCCUUUUCUCACGAUGGUUUUGAAAGAUGCUGGAGCAAAAAUUGAGGGAGAUGAGAAAAUGAUGACAGAUGCUUUGCAAAUCAUCAUCAAACAUGCAAAAGUGUCUUCAACGCAAGAUGAUGGGCCAGAAUUUUUACCUCGGCAAAGAAUGCUGGAUUCAAUGCAGAAAUUAAUAGGAACAACAACUGUUACAAUACAGAAUUUAGCCUGUGAUGCAUUCAUUUCAACCUGUGAAGCGAUAGCUUCUAUGGGCAAGGAGUCAUCAGAACUGGUACCAGAGAUAGAAUCACUUCUGCAGUGCUUGCUUUCUCCUGUUGUUACUCUGCGAAGGACUUCUCUACAGGGUCUCUCCAGUCUUUUAGGUGUUCUACCUACUGGUGCUGUGAGGAAUGAUUUGGUUUCCAAAUUAUCGCAACGAAUAUGGGUUGCAAGACAUGAUACCGAUGAAGAAUGUAAAGCAUUAGCAGAUUCAUUAUGGACUAAAUUACUGUAUUCCACCAAUGCAUCAUUGUGUCUGUCCUUAAUAGAUGAUAUCACAUAUCAUGAACCUAACAUUCAACAAUCUGCGGCAGAAGCUCUUUUUUCAGCUCUCGAGGAAAAUACGGAGUCAUGUGGUGCAGUUUUGCAAUCUUUGAUAAACCUCUACACAGAAAAAUCACAUCGACCACCUCCUGUUCUGGAUGAUUUGGGAAGAGUCAUUUCGGAAUCAUCACCAGAUGAUUAUCAAUCUCGUGUUGGAAUUGCCAAAGCUCUAUGCAGCAUUUCACCAGUGUUGUCAGACGAUCAAAUGCAACCAUUAUUCUCUUUUUUUGUGCCUGAUGCAUUGAAAGAUAGACACGAAGAAGUUCGAGCUAACAUGCUUGAAGCUGCAUUGAAGUCAGUGAACGAACAUGGAAAAAGUUGUACCAAUACAUUGAUGCAAGUAUUUGAAGAUUUCUUAAAACAGGCUCCUAAUUCUGAAAGUUUUGAUAUUGUUCGUCAAAGUGUCGUUAUUCUUAUGGGAACUCUGGCUCGGCAUUUAGACAAAGAUAAUCCUAGAGUGAAACCUAUUGUUGCAAAACUCACAGAAGCAUUGUCAACCCCAUCACAACCAGUUCAAGAAGCUGUUGCAAAGUGUCUUCCACCACUCGUGCCUGCAAUAAAAUCCGACGCUCCUGAUAUUGUAAAGAAAAUGUUGGUGAUUUUAUUGGAAUCUGAAAACUAUGGUGAAAGAAAAGGAGCAGCAUAUGGACUUGCAGGAAUGAUAAAGGGUCUGGGUAUCAUUGCAUUCAAACAAUUGGAUAUUAUGAGCACAUUAACUGAGGCAAUACAAGACAAGAAAAACUAUAGGCACAGAGAAGGUGCAUUGUUUGCAUUUGAAAUGUUUUGUACAAUGUUGGGACGAUUAUUUGAACCUUAUGUUGUUCAUGUACUUCCAUAUUUACUGCUUUGUUUUGGUGAUGGGAAUCAGUACGUUAGAGAGGCUGCGGAUGACACUGCGCGGGCUGUAAUGAAAAAUUUAAGUGCUCACGGAGUCAAACUUGUACUUCCUUCGCUCCUAAGUGCACUCGAAGAAGAUUCAUGGAGAACUAAAACUGGAUCAGUUGAACUGCUCGGUGCCAUGGCAUAUUGUGCUCCUAAGCAACUCUCAUCUUGUCUACCAAGUGUUGUACCAAGAUUAUGUGACAUCAUUACCGACUCACAUCCCAAAGUUCAGAAAGCAGGUCAGCAAGCUUUGAAACAAAUUGGAUCAGUUAUUCGAAAUCCUGAAAUUUUAUCUAUUGCACCAGUAUUGCUAGGUGCACUGAGCGAUCCCUUCAGGAAAACUUCAAAAUGCCUACAAACCCUACUGGACACAAAAUUUGUUCACUUCAUUGAUGCACCAUCAUUAGCUCUUAUUAUGCCCGUUGUUCACCGAGCUUUUGAAGAUAGAUCGACCGAUACCAGGAAGAUGGCUGCUCAAAUUAUUGGAAACAUGUAUUCUUUAACCGAUCAAAAGGAUCUCAACCCUUACCUUGCUGCUGUGGUACCAGGACUGAAGAAUACGUUGUUAGAUCCAGUUCCAGAAGUGAGGACGGUUGCUGCAAAAGCACUGGGAGCAAUGGUGAAGGGAACUGGUGAAUCUUUAUUUGAAGAUUUAUUACCUUGGUUGAUGGAAACCCUGACUUCAGAGCAAAGUUCUGUGGACAGAUCUGGUUCUGCACAAGGAUUGUCUGAAGUUCUCGGAGCACUGGGUGUUUCUAAGUUAGAAAAGUUAAUGCCUGAUAUAAUCAGAAUGGCAGGAUCUGCUGAUGUUUUGCCUCAUGUUCGAGAUGGCUACAUUAUGUUGUACAUUUAUUUACCAUCAACAUUUGGAGAUGAUUUCACACCUUUUAUUGAUGCCAUUAUUCCCGCAUUACUUCAGUCUUUAGCCGACGAAUGUGAGUUUUUGCGAGACACAGCUUUGUUGGCAGGACAAAGAAUUAUUGGAAUGUACGCUCAACAGGCCGUAGCGUUACUUCUGCCCCAACUUGAAAGUGGGCUGUUGGAUGAUAAUUGGAGGAUUAGGUUGAGUUCAAUUCAGUUGCUUGGAGAACUCUUAUAUCAAGUAUCGGGAGUCACCGGUAAAAUGAGUACUCAUGGUGAAGAGGACGAUAAUUUUGGUACAAUGGAGGGACAGAAGGCUAUUAGAGAGGUUCUUGGUGAUGAAAGAUGCCAACGAGUGUUUUCUGGACUUUAUAUUGGAAGAUCAGAUGUUAUGCUGCAAGUACGACAAUCGGCAUUACAUGUUUGGAAGAUUGUUGUACCAAAUACACCAAGAGUGCUUCGUGAAAUUCUACCAGUCUUGUUUGAACUUUUGCUCGGAUGUUUGGCUUCUUCGAGUUACGAUAAAAGACAGGUUGCAGCAAGAACACUUGGUGAUAUAGUGAGAAAACUGGGUGAGAGAAUGUUGCCUGAAAUUAUUCCAAUACUUGAAAGUGAACUGGAAUCUGAGGACGAAGAUCAGAGACAAGGAGUUUGCAUCGGCCUUUCUGAAAUUAUUAAAUCAUGCAGCAAAGACGCGAUUUUGACAUUUUCUGAUAGUCUUCUACCAACCGUUCGCAAAGGUUUAUGCGAUUCACAUCCAGAUGUACGAACAGCUGCUGCAACAACUUUUGAAAAUCUACAUGCAGCGAUCGGACAACAAGCUCUUGAGGAAAUUCUACCAGAUCUGCUGGAGAAAAUUGGUGAUCCUGAAAUAUCAGAAUAUAUUGUGGAUGGAUUACGUCAAGUUAUUGCUGUUAAAGGAAAAGUUGUGUUGCCUUUUAUUGUGCCGAAGUUGAUAGAACCACCAAUCAACACUCGUGUAUUAUCUUUCUUGUCUGCUGUAGCUGGAGAAUCUUUAACAAGACAUCUGGCUAAAAUUUUAAAGGCACUUUUGUCAGCACUUGUUGCAGUUUCUGACAACGAGGAAACGUACGCCACAACAUUGUCUGAUUGUGAGGGUGUUAUUUUAAGUGUUGAAGGGGAACAUGGUACUCGUAUUAUUAUGGAUGACCUUCUUGAAGCAACAAAAAGCGAUGAUAAAAAAAUUAGACGAGCUGCUGUCACAAUGUUGCAUGCUUUCUGCAAGGACACAGAUUCAGAUUACAGCAGCUAUGUUGCCAUUUUUAUUCGUGUUUUCUUCAAAUUAAUGGCAGACGAAGAUCAGUCUGUUCAAGAAGAAGCCUGGUCUGCAUUAUCUGCUGUUGUAAAAUGCCUCGAUGCCGCAGAACAAUUGCAACAUGUUAGUUCAGUCCGACAGGCUAUUCGAUAUAUUUCUGAUGAAAUACGAGCCAAUGGAGGAAUUCUACCUGGAUUUUGUCUUCCUAAAAAGGGAAUGACAUCUGUGCUUCCAAUACUUCGAGAAGGAAUACUCAAUGGAGCUCCAGAUAUGAAGGAACAGUCAGCAAAAGCAUUGACAGAGUGCAUUCAAAUUUUAACUCCAAUCGCAUUGAAGCCGUCUGUGGUGACAAUCACAGGUCCUUUGAUCCGAAUUCUCGGAGACAGAUUCAACGCAAAUGUACGAGUCGCUGUUUUGGAAACUUUGACACUUCUCCUGGAAAAGGCCGGUGCGUUUUUGAAGCCAUUUUUGCCUCAACUUCAAACCACAUUUGGAAAAGCACUUCAUGAUGCAAAUCGACCUGUCAGACUUCAAUCGUCGAAAGCACUCAAACAUCUUGUUUUGAUUCAUACAAGACUCGAUCCAUUGUUCACAGAUUUAAACAAUAACGUAAAAACAGAGGAUGAUCCUCUGAUCAAAGAAACAAUGCUUCAAGCAUUAAGAGGUUGUAUUCAAGGUGCUGGAGCGAAAAUCAAUCCCAAAAUACAGAAUGAAAUUUCAUCAACAUUAACUUCAUUACUUGGUUCAGAGGAAGAGAUGAUCAGUAAAUGUUCAGCAGGAUGCUUAGGAACAUUGUGUGCAUCUCUACCUGACAAUCUACUUGACGAUCUUUUGAAGAAUCAAGUCUUAGUUAAAUCUCACGAUGCAUCGUGGCCUCUGCGACAAGGUCGAAGUGCACUUCUCGCUGUCGCUUUAAAGGAAUCUCCCGAAAAAAUUUUCACAGAAGAUAGGGAAGAUGCAACACUUUCAACGAUGCUCGAUUGUGCUAGUCUCGACAGAGUGCAAAUUGUGACGAACGGAGUUCAUGCUGCUGCUUAUGCACUCGUUUACUGUGUCCAGUCAUCCAGAAAAGUUCCAAGUCAAAUAAACGAAACAUUUAAGAAGGCUUUCCAACACAACUCAAAUGAUGUUAAAGUUGUGGCUUGUACUUCCGCUGCAUGGGCUGUCAAUCAAAUUAAUACAUCAGGAAGAACAGAUGCCACGACAAAUGGACACGGUGGUUCUAUUGUUCCUAUACAAAAUCUGAUAUUUUUCGUAAGUCAACUUAUCGUGAUAACCAAAGAAAAAAAUACGACCGUUCGAUCAUCUGCUGAAUAUGCGAUAAUUACGGUCUUAUCACUUCGACAAUCGGAAGAAAUUUUGAAGGAGGUUUCAGCAUCGUUGCCAUCCAGGGAUGUGUCAUCGUUAGCAGAACUACAAAAAACAAAAUUCAAAAAACUGAUUGCUGCCAAAGAAAUCAUAGAAGAUAUUGAUGACACAUUAAUCACAAAAUAAAACAAUAAUAAGCAGAGGAAGUUUAUAUAUUUGUUGUUGAAAUGCUAAUAUGGAUCAGGAAAUUCUUUGAUGGUGUAUAAUCCAAGUUUUCACAAUGAGAGGUUAAAAUCCAAUUUGAAACCAAUGAACAGAAAAUAGUAUAGCUUCACAUGGACUAACUAACUUUAUAGAAUUUGUCCUGCGGAUUUGGAAUUCCUAUAAAUACAUUUUUAGAACCCAUUGUCAUUGUUGAAUUAUGUUGGGAUUUUGUAUCUAGUGGGUUUUAAGAUCUCUGCUUUUGUUGUUGAAUAAUUUGUAUGGUAUGAGAUUAUCAAAGUUCCCAUUUCAUCCGUCAGACAAUGUAGUGUGAUUAUUUGCCGAAUUUUGUUACAAUACUUAAAUUAGGUAAUAUAUGACUCUUCAGGUGA